UCGCCGCGGGACCGGGAGGGACCCGCGCCCAACGUUGUGGCGCGGGCCUCGCAAUGGGCGGAUGAGCACCUGCGCCUCGUCCGGGUCGGGUGAGUCUUGGAGGAGUCAGAAACACUACUGAAGAAGUCCCAGAACUGAUCCUGGAGGACUCUAACAUUUACAGCACAAUGGAGUGUAAGGAGGAAUUCAAUAAAGUCUAAGAAGGAACAGUUAGAACAAGGGGAAACUGGCGUGCUACAAGCCUAGGGAACAAUGUUUGCAGAAGGAGCUAACUAUAUUAGUUAACUGAGAGGUUAACUAUUGCAAUAAUUAACUAAGAAGUUGAGUGGGAGCAUCAGCUUUGAUAUAUUCAGCAGCCAAGAUCAGGAAGCCUGGAGCAGAGCAUCAGCACUAUAAUGGCCAUAGCUGGAAUAACCUUACUUCUAAGAAGUGUUCGACUGACAUCAAAAUUUACAAGUUCUUCUGAUAUUCCAGUAGAAUUUAUAAAAAAGAAUGUUAAAUUGCGUGGACGUUUACGCCGAGUAACAGAAAAUGGUUUAGAAAUUGAACAUAUUCCCAUUACUUUACCUAUUAUAUCUUCAUGGCGAAAAGAACCAUGUGGUGCUUUGCUUGUUAAACUAGCUGGAGUAGAACUCACAGAAACUGGGAAGGUAUGGUUACAAGAAGAGCUUAAACCUUCCCAAGUACUAUGGUUUCAGCUUCUUGGAAAAGAGAAUUCAGCACUCUUCUGCUGCCUUUUAGUGAAGAAGGGUAGAUACUUUAGUGUGAGUCUGAACGAAGAAAUUUUGAGAAGAGGCCUUGGCAAAACUGUUCUUGUUAAAAGUCUAAAUCAUGAUUCUAAAAUCUACUGGACAAUUCACAAAAAUUUACUUAAAGCCGAAUUAACAGCUUUAAAGAAAGGAGAAGGAAUAUGGAAGGAAGAAUCUGAAAAAGAAAGCUAUUUGGAAAAAUUCAAAGACUCCUGGAGAGAAAUGUGGAAAAAAGACACUUACUUUACAAGAAUGGAGUCAGAUUUCAACCUGAAAAAAGAAAGUUAUUAUGACAAAUUUAGAAGGACUCAUGAAACCUGGAAAGAUAACAUGAGUAACUGCUCCUUAGUACUGAAGUUUAGAGAACUUGUGAGUCGCGUACACUUUCGAAGAAAGGGGUGAAAUAUUGCAAGAGGUCUGGAAGUGACUACACAGGGAAAAUAUGUAAAUAUGUGGGCUUUUUUUUUUUAAUUGAAUUGAAAUGGAAAUUUGCCUCAUCCUUCAAAGUUGCAGUCUAAUAGAUUUAGAUAUUUAAGAUGAUUGUUAUAAUAUCAGUCAUUUAAGCAAAUUGUGAUUAAUGAAAUGUACCUUUUGGAAAAAGUAAGCACUAUAAAAAGGAUGAAAAAUAUUUACAUGCCAUGCUAAUAUUUGACAGGAAAGUUUAAUGAUCAUUUUUGUGUUAUUUUAGUAACUUUGGGCAAACACAUUCAAUUUUUGCUUAAUGGGAAUAUCAUUUUUCCUUUUUCAUCAACUUUUGGUUAUUUAUAGUAAAGGGAUCCUAUUAGCAGUUCUAUCUGAGACUACUCUUUUCUUCCAGCUGCUUUCUAGCUGCUUGUGAAUUUGGGGCAGUGCCGGAAGAGAAGAAUGGCACAUUUCUCCAGUCAUUCCCCGCCCCCCCCCGCCCCCCCGGGGGGAUAAUCCUGAGGACAAAAUACUUGCUGAGGAUGGCAACGCACAGGCAAAAAAGAUUAGAGACACCUUAUGAUUUUGUCAAGCCCCUAAAAUAACCAGUUCUUGAAGUUUCUUGCCUUCUAGUUUCUCAGUAUGUGACCCAGUAAGUUUAUUUUUAAGGACAGAUUGAUUUGGUGUGAGAAUUUGACAGACACACAUCCUCUUUCUAAAAUCAUUCUGAUGGGGACCCCCCUGGUGGCACAAGGGUUAAAGAUGCAACACACUAUGAAGCUAUCAGCAGCCACUGCAGCAGGAGUUUAGUCCCUGGCAAGGGAGUCAGCCAACCCACAUGGCACAGCAGAUCUCUCUGUUGGCUC